AUGGCGCCCCCGCCUCCGGGAGCUAAAUGCGCAGGCUCCUCGGCCGGGCUCGGGUUCUUCUCCGGACGCAGCCGAGCCCGCGACUUCGCCUCCCCGAGAGCUUCGGAGGGCGUCGCGGGCCUGGUGCUUCCGCGGUGGCCGCGCCGGGAGCAGGGCGCUGCAGCUGCAGUCCCGGCUUUGGUGUUCGGUACACAGCAGCCCCAGCGUGCCCGGAGCGCGCAACCCCUCGCCCGGCGCGGCGAGCCCCGGGCGGUAACCGAGCUGACGGAGGAUGGCAGCCUCCGGGGUGGAGAAGAGCAGCAAGAAGAAGACGGAGAAGAAACUUGCCGCUCGAGAAGAAGCUAAAUUGUUGGCAGGCUUCAUGGGCGUCAUGAAUAACAUGCGGAAACAGAAAACAUUGUGUGAUGUGAUCCUUAUGGUCCAAGAAAGAAAGAUACCUGCUCAUCGAGUUGUCCUUGCUGCAGCCAGUCAUUUUUUUAACUUAAUGUUCACAACUAACAUGCUUGAAUCAAAGUCCUUUGAAGUAGAGCUCAAAGAUGCUGAACCUGACAUUAUUGAACAACUUGUGGAAUUUGCUUAUACUGCUAGAAUUUCUGUGAAUAGCAACAACGUUCAGUCUUUGUUAGAUGCAGCAAACCAGUACCAGAUUGAACCUGUGAAGAAAAUGUGUGUUGAUUUUUUGAAAGAGCAAGUUGAUGCUUCAAAUUGUCUAGGUAUAAGUGUGCUAGCAGAGUGUCUGGACUGUCCUGAGUUGAAAGCAACCGCAGAUGACUUUAUUCAUCAGCAUUUUACUGAAGUUUACAAAACUGAUGAGUUUCUACAACUUGAUGUCAAGCGAGUUACACAUCUCCUCAACCAGGACACUCUGACUGUGAGAGCAGAGGAUCAGGUUUAUGAUGCUGCUGUCAGGUGGUUGAAAUACGACGAACCUAAUCGCCAGCCAUUUAUGGUUGAUAUCCUUGCUAAAGUCAGGUUUCCUCUUAUAUCAAAGAAUUUCUUAAGUAAAACCGUACAAGCUGAACCACUUAUUCAAGACAAUCCUGAAUGCCUUAAGAUGGUGAUAAGUGGAAUGAGGUAUCAUCUACUGUCUCCAGAAGAUCGAGAAGAACUGGUGGAAGGCACAAGGCCCAGAAGAAAGAAACAUGACUACCGCAUAGCCCUAUUUGGGGGCUCCCAGCCACAGUCUUGUAGAUAUUUUAAUCCAAAGGAUUAUAGCUGGACAGACAUCCGCUGCCCCUUUGAAAAACGAAGAGAUGCGGCAUGUGUGUUUUGGGACAACGUAGUAUACAUUUUGGGUGGUUCUCAGCUUUUCCCCAUAAAACGAAUGGACUGCUAUAACGUCGUGAAAGAUAGCUGGUAUUCCAAACUGGGCCCCCCCACACCUCGAGACAGCCUUGCUGCCUGUGCUGCAGAGGGCAAAAUUUAUACAUCAGGAGGUUCCGAAGUUGGAAACUCAGCUCUGUAUUUAUUUGAGUGCUAUGAUACAAGAACUGAAAGCUGGCACACAAAGCCCAGCAUGCUGACUCAGCGCUGCAGCCACGGCAUGGUGGAAGCCAAUGGCCUGAUCUAUGUUUGUGGUGGAAGUUUAGGGAACAAUGUUUCUGGGCGAGUGCUGAACUCCUGUGAAGUUUAUGAUCCUGCCACAGAAACGUGGACUGAGCUGUGUCCAAUGAUUGAGGCCAGGAAGAAUCAUGGACUGGUAUUUGUAAAAGACAAGAUAUUUGCUGUGGGUGGUCAGAAUGGCUUAGGUGGUCUGGACAAUGUGGAAUAUUAUGAUAUUAAAUUAAACGAAUGGAAGAUGGUCUCACCAAUGCCAUGGAAGGGUGUAACAGUGAAGUGUGCAGCAGUUGGCUCUAUAGUUUAUGUUUUGGCUGGUUUUCAAGGUGUGGGUCGAUUAGGACACAUCCUUGAAUAUAAUACCGAAACAGACAAAUGGGUCGCCAACUCCAAAGUCCGAGCUUUUCCAGUAACAAGUUGUUUAAUUUGUGUUGUUGAUACUUGUGGAGCAAAUGAAGAAACCCUUGAAACAUGAAAAGGGAAUGGACUUCAAGACUCAUCGGAGACUCAAAAAUAUGGCCACUAGUGCUUUGUUCCAAGGGUUUGGUUACAAAGUUUUACUUGGGUGUUUUGUUUUCUUGAAGGACGUUUCAAGUAAAGUAAGACCCCUAUAAAAUAGAUGUUUCUUUUAUAUGGAUUUCCUUACUUAAUUCAAAGACCAUAUUUUAGCUGGCUACAUAGCCAAGAACAUAUCUAGCAAGAAAAUUUGAAAAAUGAUAAGCAUUUGGUGAAAAUAUGAAUUCUUAAAUGAAUUUCACGUUUGUACCUAUGAUUAGGACAGAGUGGGUGAUUGGCUCAUCAGUGAAGCAGUCUCAUCUUAGCUCUAGAUUCUAUUUUCAUACAUCAUAGAAAUGCUAUGUAAGUUAGAUCUGUUUGUUUCUGUUCGGCCAAGAACUAAGAAAUCGUAUGAAUUAUAAGUCAAGACAGGUAACUGACAGAGCAGCUUUGUCUCACAUAGUUUUGCUUGUCUUCAUUUGUUCCAUUUAGUGCCAAAUGUAUUCCAUUUUAAAAGCAAGCCAGAGUGAGUCAAGGCAUAUACACAUGUUCUCUCACAAAACUUCAUCAACACAUUUUAGUAUUUACAAAUGUACCCAACUCCUCAUGAAAUAUAUUCAAUCCUAUUAAAUGUAGUCUAUCUUUUUGACACAAAAUGUCAAGCUUAGCACCCAUCAUUAAUUUGUAUCACUGUUUUACACAGUGGUUAAAAAAUUAUUAUGCCUCUUCAGUCCUCACUGUGAAAUCAAAUCAAAUCAUAAUAAGAAUGAUUAUCUAGCAAAAGAUAAAGGUAUUUAUAGCAAAUUUCUAGGUCGCUAGAAUAGCGCUGAUAGUUAUACAAUAUCAUUGUUGACUUUGAGCUUCUUAUGGAUUAAAAAGGUACAUGAUUGCUUUUCCUUAGCAGGACACAUCAGAGAUAUUUGACCCAGUUAUCUCUAAAAGUUUUGUAAUAAUUUGAGUUGACUAUUUGUCAUCUUGUAUUAAUUGCUUCUAUGUGGUCAAUAAAUCCUUUACAAACCCAACUACUCACUUCUUUCCUAGUAAUAUUUUUCCCUUUUACAUUAUGGAAUGUAUGGAAUGAGCCAUGUAAAGCUGUCACCAUCAAUGUUUUUAUCUGACGAUAUUAAAUAUUUUUAACUUAAAA